AGAGGCGUAAACGGGACGUGUCGCAGUUCAGGUUAUUGUGUGUGUUUUUUGUUAUUUUUUCUUUUUUUUUCUCCCUGUGAGACGAUGUGGAAACGUGACUACGGAGCCCCGGUGCGGGUAUCCCGGAGGAAAGGAGCCUUCAUGGGGACCAGAUUUGGGCAGCGUGGAACUGCUUUGGCCAGGUGUACCUGUCCUCAAUCAGAACCGGCAUCUAGUGCUUGCACAAAGUCAACUAGGCAUAUCUAAACUAAGAAUUUUUUUAAAGGUUUACAGCAUCUCAAAGAGAGGGCAUGGUGUGCUCCUAGCUGAUUGUGAAAAUGGGCAAGAAAGACACCAAGAAGGAUGCAAAGAAGGGUGGAAAACCUGAACCAGAGAAAAAGAAAGAGGAGGAAACGAAAGGGAAGGACGACAAAAAGGGAGGAAAGGACAAUAAGAAACCCAACAAGGAUGAUAAAAAAGGUGGGAAAGAUGAUAAGAAAGGCGGCAAGAAGGGAAAGGAGGAGCCAUCCAAAGGGAAAGAUGAUAGAAAGAAAGGAAAAGACAAAGGAAAAGGUAAGAAAGUGGAGUCCGAGGAGGAGGAGGAGGAGCUCCUGAGUGAUGAGGAAGAAGACUUCAGUGAAGAAGAGGAAGAUGAGGAAGACUCAGAGGAUGACAGGAGAGGGAAGGGGCGAGGAGGUAAAGGGGCCAAAGGAAAAAAAGGGGGAAAGUCUAGACCUGUGGAUUCCGAAGAGUAUGACGAAGACGAAGAAGAGGAGGAUGACUACGAUGAUGAAGAAUACGGCAAAAAGAAAUCGAAAGAUGGCCGCCACCAUAAGGGGGGGAAAACAGAUGCUGAUGCAAAGAAGAAGAAAGGCAAGAAGAAAGAAGAAGCUCCACAGCUUCCAAUAAAGGAAAUUCCAAAGAAAGGCCUGAAGAACAUGUCCAGGAUGUUCAUGAAGUUUUCUGGCUUCAAGAGGCGAAGGAACAGCAGGAGGAAGCUGAAAAGUACAUCCCGUUUGUUCCUAGGUUUGGGGAAGAGAAAAACCCGCAUUGCAAAGAAGAAACGCCGCAAGUCAAUCCUGAAGAACACCUCUCGAUUCAUGAUGAGGUUUAAGGCCAGCAAAAAGAGGAAAAAGGAGAAGGACGACAAAGCGAAGGAAAAUGGCGGGAAGAAGCCAACUUAUAUGCUGCUUCGCCUGGGAGGAGGGAAAGAUUCAAAUAAGAAGAAGGGAGGCUUCUUCAAAAACUUAUUUGGAAAAAAGAACGGUGACGGGCCUCCUGACGACUUCAAGAACACAAGUGUGUUGCUCGGUAAGGUUGCAGCAGCAACCAACUGGCUGACCAAACGCUUCCUGUCCACCAAAAUGCAAGGAAAUGCAGGACACCAGGGCUUGGGCGGAAAAAGAGCGCGAGGCCGAUAUGCCAGCUCUGGAGGUCAUCUCCAUGGUUACCAAAACAACGGUUAUGAGCAUGGCGAGGAAGCUUAUGGGUAUGACCGUCAACAGAAAUAUUAUGAAGGCUAUGAUGAUGAUUAUGGUGAUUAUGAAGACGAGGCCACUGCAGCAUACGGAAGCCACGGCCAGUUUGGUUACUAUGACAACGGAGCAGGGAUAGCAGACUACCGAGACCUGGGUUACUAUGAGGAAGAUGGACGCUAUGAUCCAAAUCUGGAAUAUUAUGAAGGGGAUCUUUAUGAUGAUGGCAUGCAAGACUACUAUAACGCCUCCGCUGAAGGCUACUAUAACCACCAGGAAGCUAAUUACCAAGGUUAUCAGCCCCAACAGGCAAUAGCAAUGUAUGGUGACGAGGGUCUGGACUACUACGCAAUAAUGGGCCAGGAUCAUGUGUAUGGUGGUGAGGUUGAUGGUUUCCUUCACCCUCAGGUUUAUUACGAUGAAAAUGGUCAAGUAGUUUACUACGGUGAUGGGCAGAGGGGUUACUAUGACGAUGGGCAGGCAGGUUAUUAUGAGGACCCUUAUGCAGCCACUAUGGGAAUACAGGGGGGAUUCCCACCCGGGGGCCAGCAGUUCUCUGGCUUUGGAGGUCAAGGGGUAGAUCAGGUACAGGGCCAGUAUGGGGACCACUAUGCAGACCAGUAUGAUCAAUAUGGGAAUGAUACUGGUGAAGUUCCGAGAGGGGAGUUGACAUUUAGAGUUCCAAGACCUCAGGUGCGCCUGUUUGGGAAAGAGCGUCUGGAUGUGCCCCCGGCCCUUGCACCUACUUUGCCCCCUGAUCCAGAAUUUGAAGACAUGUCAGAAAUCCAGUAUGAAGACCAGUACCCUCUCGCACCUGGUCAGCUUGGUGACAUGAUGUCAAUACAGCAGCAAAUAGGAAUGUCACCGCAACAACAGAUGAUGAUGUCUCCUCAAGAACAAAUGAUGUUUUCUCAACAACAAACCAUGUUGUCCCCUCAAGACCAAAGGAUGAUGCCCCCACAGAUAAUGUCCCCCCAGCAACAGAUGAUGUCACCACAGCAACAGAUGAGGUUACCACUACAGCAGAUUAUGUCACCAGAGCAGCAGAUGAUGUUACAACAAGAACAAAGUAUGUCCGCCCAAAUGAUGCCUUCACAGACACUGAUGCCCCAGCAACAAAUUAUGUUAGCACAGCAACAGAUGAUGCCCCAGCAAAUGAUGUCACCACAGCAACAAAUGAUGUCACCACAAGAACAGAUGAUGCUGCAGCAGCAACAUAUGUUGUCUCCGCAAAUGAUUCAACACCAGCAGAUGACGGAAGACCCAAUGAUAAUGUCCAACCAACAAGGAUAUGGACAAGUGAUCCCUACUCCAACUGCCAUGAUUAUUAAGCAAGCAAAUAUGUCCCCGGGUUCUGUGCGGCGCCUUCAUCCAUCUCCAACUCCUUCCCGCCGCUCUGUCAUUAUCCCCUCCCCACAGAUGCAGCGGCAACCUUCUGCCAUGCCCUCCCCGGUACCAUCCCCCAUGCUACCGCAGAGACGCAGCCCCUCCCCACAACCAUCGAUAAGGAGUGGGUUCAUCAAUGCCCGAAGACCGCCCUCUAUUAUGUCGAGACAAAUCUCACCACCUGCCUCCCCAAUGGCCUCCCAUCACACACGUCAUAGAAUGCAACCUCAGAGAUCACCAUCUCCCAUGGCUCGAGGACCCUCCCCCCCUCACUCUCCCCGUGCCUCCAUGAUCCGGCGAAGUCCUCCACCCUCACCAAGAGCGUCAAUGAGACAGCGUUCCCCACCUUCCUCACCCCGUGUCUCCAUGAGGAGGCAAAGUCCUCCAGCCUCACCAAUACCCGCCCGCAGUCCGUUUGAGGGUAGGAAGAUGCAUGGUCCAGCCUCCCCUUCCUUCUCCCCUGGUCAUGCAUCUCCCCCUCACUCUCCACAGCUCAGUAGAAGACCAUCUCGCUCCCCCCCCCAAUCUCGUCGCAGUUUGUCCCCUGCAGGAGCGCGUCCCGCCUCAUCAUCUCCUACCUUGUCUCGCCGUUCAACUCGGCUGCUCAGGGACCCAACACCAUUGGUCCGACCCAGGAUGGGGGGAAAUGUUCCUUUAGGUACCGUCAGACCCUCACCUAUGGGUCUCCGAGGGCGCCCAAUGCCUCCACCCACCCAGAAUGUUCGUCCAUUCCGUGCUUCCUCCAUAGGAAGCAACAGGUCUUCUGUUCUCACUGUGGACUCUUCCUUCUCCUCCCCGUUUCACUCCCCUCACAUGGUCCACCGUGCUCCCCAACGGAGGAGAGAAUCUGGCCGAUAUCCCACCCGCCCUGUGGCUCGAGGACGUCCCUUCAGGGCCCAGCAGUCUGUAAGAAGCAGGCCUCCCGCCUCUCCGCAGCCUUCCCUUAAACACAUGCCACAUCCUACUUCCCCACGCUUCUCUCCUCAACUUUCUCAUCAGUCCUCCCCCCUCUUGCCCCCUCAAUCUGGCCAUCAUGCAGCCUAUGCACCAGAGACGUAUGUGUCUGGCCCCUAUGCCGAUCCUUAUACUGAGCCAUCACAUCAUCUGGACAUGGGUGGGAUGGUUACAGAAUAUGCUGAACCAUAUGCUCCCUCAUCCCCUACUCUCUCUGGUGCGAUGCAAAACCAGGAAAUUCGGGAUGCAUCCUUUGUUUCCAGACUGCCAUCAUCAAUGUCCCCUUAUGAGCAGCCUAUGUCCCCAUCAUCUCCUAUGUUGUCUCGUGCUCUGCAGAAUCAAGCUAUACUGGAUGCAUCUUAUGCGUCACCUUUACAAAGGCCAUUGUUCCCUUAUGAACAGCCUAUGCCCCCUUCUUCCCCAAUGCUGUCCGGAGCUUUGCAAAACCAGGCAGUGAGAGAAGCCUCCUAUGCGUCUCCACUUCAAAUGCCUCGGCCCCCAUAUGCCUCGUCCGUACCUUCCACUCCAAUUCUGUCUGGCGCUAUGAGACACGGUCAGGCACUGAGAGGUGUGGCUUCUUAUCAGACCCCACAGUUCCGUUCACCGUACGGACCAACUGUUGUUACUCCAUAUGAUUACAUCUCUGAGCCUGGCCCGUCACCACUCCUUCAGGAUGCCCUGCAGAACCGUUCUCAUUUGCAGAACGUCUCAUCUCUACGAUCCCCCAUGAUGCAAAGGCGUAGCCCUUAUGCGCCAGCUGGGCCUGAACUCCAUAAUGCUCUUCAACAGAACCCAAACUUACGACAAGCGUCUUAUCGGACACCUGUGCAACUUAGACGGUACCCAUAUGGACCUCCGCCAUCCCCUUCACCAAUUUUGGGAAGUGCCCUGCAAAAUCAACAGUUAAUGCAUGCAUCGUACCGGCUGCCGGAUGGAACCUUGGUGUCACCAUAUCCAGCUUCACCUUCCUCCCCAUUGCUCGGCCAUGCCUUGCAAAACCAACAAGUCCGUGGAGCCACGUUCACUUUGCCCGAUGGAUCAGUUAUCAGGGACCCACGUAUUCCCCAGAAUCGCACUUCUCCUAACCUCUCAAGAGCACUUCAGAACCAGAGUGUCAGGACUGCUGCAUAUACUCUCCCCGAUGGCACCAUUGUAGACCCAAGACAACAACAACCCAUUUCCCCAAACCUGGCCAUGGCACUGCGCAACCCAGCUCUGCGCGAAGCCUCCUAUUCUCUCCCCGAUGGUACCAUUGCGAUUGACCCCAAGAAACCAAAGUCCCCGAACCUUUCAGCAGCUCUUCAGAACCCUUACCUGAAAGAUGCAUCUUACACCCUGCCUGAUGGUACAAUCAUCAUUGAUCCACGAAGACCAGUCUCUCCAAACCUCUCUGGCGCUCUUCAAAACUCUGCCCUGCGGAAUGCCUCCUUCACACUGCCAGAAGGGGUCCAUGACCCCAAUAGACCCCUUUCACCCAACCUAGUUAAGGCCCUCAGUAAUCCAGCUUUGAAAGGAGCUUCAUACACCCUCCCAGAUGGAACUAUUAUUGUGGACCCGAGGAAACCAAAGAGUCCUAGCCUGGCUGCUGCCCUACAGAAUCCUUACCUUAAGGGUGUGUCCUUCACCCUGCCUGAUGGAACUAUCAUCAUUGACCCACGAAAACCAGUUGGCCCUGACCUGUCCAGAGCUCUCAUGAAUCAGAACCUGCGUAGUGCUUCAUACAUCCUCCCGGAUGGAUCCCUGGUUAUCCCGGGCCAAAAGCCCUCUGCUCCAAACCUUUCAGCCGCUUUGAGGCAAAACCAGGCACUUCGAUCGGAAGGUCUCUAUCAUCUCAGAGAAAACUCUGUACUGUCCGGCAUACCCAAACCCACCCCUCCUAAUCUUUCUGCUGCACUGCGGAACGACGAACUCCGUGAUGUCAAAUACAGGCUGCCCGAUGGCUCCGUUCUCACACGCCGUUUCCACGUCCCAAGUCUGUCUGAAGCCGUCCAGAACCAGCAGCUUCGCUAUGCCUCAUACAGGGUGCCAACAGGCCUGCAGGGUGAGGAUAAUCGCUACGCUGUGGUUCCACCGUAUGGGCCAAGCUCAGGACACUGGGCCAGAAAUGCCCAUGGUGGAGGGCCAGGGGGGGAAGAGGUCUGGGCAGCUGAGAGGGUUUUACCACACGGGACGGUCCAGAAUCUGUCAAAGUGGUCCAUGUACAGGGAAGACGGGCUGUUAGAGGGAUAUUCACCCUCGCCUCGACCGGUUGACGGACAGAUCCAGGCCCUGGACUGGACUCCCGACAGAGAAAGGGUACCUGGUCAGAGCUGGUAUGACAAGAUCUACUCCAUCCUAAGCAUGCCCACAACAGGCCACCGGGCGAAAAGCUGGGCGGAGGGAAUGGAGGACAUGACACAGCUGCCUGAGCUGAAUGAAACCACAGUUCUGAUGAACCUGAAGAAGCGCUUCGACCAGGAACUCACAUAUACUUACAUAGGCAGCAUCCUCGUGUCUGUGAAUCCCUACAAGUUGCUCAACAUUUAUGGCACAGACAAGGUUCUUCAGUAUGAAGGUCGCGGCCUGAGUGACAACCCUCCUCAUCUUUUUGCCAUUGCUAGUCUAACGUACACCACCAUGAUGGAUGCCAAACAGGACCAGUGUAUUGUAAUCAGCGGAGAAAGUGGUUCAGGAAAAACCGAAGCUACUAAACUGAUCCUGCGUUACUUGACAGCCAUACAUCACAAAUCCAACGUCACACAACAGGUAGAUAUCCUGGAGGCCACGCCCCUGUUGGAGUCUUUUGGGAAUGCCAAAACAGUGCGCAAUGACAACUCUUCACGCUUUGGCAAAUACACGCAGAUCUACAUGGAGGAGGGUGUAAUCAGCGGUGCCAUAACGUCUCAGUACCUGUUGGAGAAGUCCCGCAUUGUCUUUCAGGCCAAAUCGGAGAGGAACUAUCACAUCUUCUAUGAGAUGUUGGCAGGUCUUCCUCCUCACGAGAAGCACUCACUGUAUCUGCAGGAGGCUGAGACUUACUACUAUCUGAAUCAGGGAGGAGAUUGUACCAUAGAGGGAAAGGAUGACGGGAUGGACUUCAGGCGUCUUCUGAGUGCCAUGGACACCCUGCGUUUCACCCCGGAGGAGCAAACAAGCAUUUACAGACUCUUGUCCUCUGUCCUUCAUCUGGGGAACGUCUACUUCCAGCCACACCAGGCUGAAGGUCAGGAGGUCGCGGCGGUGGUGAGCGCGCAGGAGAUCAGGGUGGUCGCCGAGCUACUGCAGGUCUCACCCGACGGCCUGCAGAAGUCCGUCACCUUCAAACUGACGGAUACGGCGAGGGAGAAGAUCCUCACUCCGCUCACGGUGGAGAGUGCCGUGGAUGCCAGAGAUGCCGUCGCCAAGAUCCUCUACUCGCUGCUGUUCAGUUGGCUGACGGAGCGCAUCAACGGACGGGUCUACCCUCGAAACGAAGCCCUCUCUGUCUCCAUACUGGACAUCUAUGGAUUUGAGGAGCUACAGGUGAACAGCUUUGAGCAGCUCUGCAUCAACUACGCCAAUGAAACUUUGCAGUUCUUCUUUAACAGGGUCAUCUUUCAGGAAGAGCAGGAGGAGUACAUGCGGGAGCAGAUCAAGUGGCAGCAGCAGCCCUUCAGCCACAACCAGGCCUGUCUCGACCUCAUUGCGGCAAAGCCUCAUGGGAUACUGCGCAUACUGGACGACCAGUGCGGUUUCCCUCAGGCAACAGACCACACCUUCCUCCAGAAGUGCCACUAUCACCACGGAAACAACCCGCUGUACGCCAGGCCAAAGAUGCCUCAGCCAGAGUUCACCCUGAAGCACUUUGCUGGGAAAGUCACGUACCAGGUGCACAAAUUUUUGCAUAAGAACUUCGACAUGGUCCGCCAGGAUGUUUUAGACCUCUUCAUCCAGAGCAAGAACCGAAUGGUGUCCGGUCUCUUUUUAAAGCAUUCAGAGUCUGCUUCUAGCGUGCGGCGCAGCAGCGUGGCUCGCCGCCAUCAGGCCAACACGGUCAGCGCGAAGUUCCAGAGCAGCCUGCAGGAGCUGCUGGAGAAGAUGGAAAGGUGUAACUCUUAUUUUGUACGAUGCAUCAAGCCAAACCAUCAUAAGGAGCCAGGGGUGUUUGACCUGGAGCUGGUCAACACUCAGCUGCAUUACUCUGGCAUCAUGGAGACCAUCCUUAUCAGGAAGGAGGGUUAUCCAAUCAGAAUGCACUUUCACCGCUUCCUAAAAAGGUACAAAGCCCUGCUCUGCCUGAAAGACCCUCCGCCGGCAGAAGGAGAAAACUGUGUCAUCAUUCUCCACAAGCUCUGCCCGGUCAAGAGCGGCUCGUAUCAGCUGGGAGUCAGUAAGAUUUUCCUGAAGGAGGAGCUGUAUCAGCUGCUGGAGGGGAAGCGCGACCGCUUGCUCAACUUCGCCGCCCUGACGCUGCAGAGAUACACCCGAGCGGGCUUCGUCAGGAGGAAUUUCGCCAAGAUGCGGCGGCGGAUGAUCCUGUUUGAAAGCCGCUGCAGGGGCUACCUGGCCAGAAAAAGGUUUGCUGUGAGGAGGAAAUACCUCACCAAGCUCCGCUCUGCCGUGCUGCUCAUCGUCAACUGCCAGCGCUACAUGAGGACAGUGGUGGAGCCUGCAAGGAAGGCAGAAGAGGAUCGCAUCAACAGAGAGGUGGUGAAUGUCACAACGCUGCCCAUCCCUGCUGAGCUGGCAGUUCUGCUACAGGCGGCCUCAGGUGGGGAAGAGCUACACUCUGACUGCUUAGCGGUGGUCCAGGCUCCAAAGGUACAGGUUGACCACCAGCUGACCCUGCCCCUGGAUAUCAACAACUACCUCAUGACACACUACAUCCGGGCCAUAUUUAGGGAGCCGAUGUUUGGGAUGCUGACAGCCCCGCUGGAGAGUUCACUGAUUCGAAUGGAUGAGGAGCUAAAGCAAGGAGCUCUGAACGUCUUCGUUCUGAUACUAAGAUUCAUGGGUGACCCAAACUUGAAUGGCGCUCAGGAGAAUCUGUUUGGGAACUACAUCGUCCAGAGAGGACUGGCCAAUCCCAGCCUCCGAGAUGAGAUCCUGGCUCAGGUAGCAAAUCAGGUGUGGAGGAAUCCUAACAUUCUGAAUUCCGAGCGCGGUUGGCUCCUCCUCUCCUCCUGUCUCUCUGCCUUCCUGCCCUCUCAAAGGCUGGCCAAGUACCUGCUGAAGUUUGUGUCCGACUACGGGCCCGAGGGCUACGACUGCGUGUGUCAGCACCGCCUGCUCCAAGCUCUGCGGCGGCUGAGCGUCGGGCCGGAGUACGUCCGGACGUACCCGCCCUGCCUGCUGGAGUGGACGGCCAAUCGCAAGAGAGCUCACACCGUUCUGCACACACACUGUUUCGAUGGUGUGUCCUUCCUGUGUCCUCUGCACUCCUGGACAACAGGAGAAGAAAUGGCCAAAGACAUCUUACAACACAGGGGCGUGGCGGACGGGCGUCGAGGCUGGUCCGUGCUGCUGAAGGAGCCGGCUCAGUUGGUGGAGCUGGAGGGCUCAGACUACGUUCUGGACUUGAUGUCGGACCUGGAGCUUCCCGCUGACUUCCCCAAGCGCAGCAGCUACUUCAUCAUCUCUGCACAGGAACCGGCCAGAGUCCGGCCCAAUGCCAGCAUAAGCCUGCUGGGCGGUGGCUUUGACACGAAGGGGGAUUUCACAUCUCCAGCCUUACCUGGCUUCGAUGGACAUGACUCAGAGCCUCAGAGAGGAAUGGAUCGUUAUCUCGACAGCCUGUUUGACCCCGUGCUGUCCGAGGCAGCUGGAGAAGGGGAAUCCGCUGCAGGACUGUCCAGCAGGAUGAAGGGUGUCGGAGGAGUCGGAGGCGGGUGGCAACAGCAAGGCCAGUCGACCCGCCCCCCGCCCCCACCCGGGGCUGUGCGAGUGCUUCCCGUGGGAGGCGUGAUGCUGCCUCCCGUCGCCGCCGUGGCACCUGUAACACCUGUAACACCUGAUGCCCGGCAGGCUGUUUUGGCGCAGCAGCAGCAGCAGGCCAUCGUGAACCAGCAGGCCGCCAUCAUGGCCCAGCAGACGACCGCGCAGGCCGACGGCCCGGCGACGAGCCCCCCCCCCGCCUCCCCGAUCACCAGCCCGCCCGCCAGCCCCCUGCCCCACCACCCUCCCAGCCCCUACGCCCCCGCCAGGCCCUACGCCGUCGCACCCCAGAGUCCGUACGCCAACGUCCCACCCAGCCCCUACGCCAACUUCACUCCCAGCCCCUACGCUGCGGCGGACGUCCCGGCCUGGGACCCCUACCCCCUACAAACGCCGUCGCAGCCCCAGGGUCGCCCCCCCGCCGCCGCCGCGUACGGCGCCGAACGGGUUCAGUCCGGUAAGGACAGCGUCCCUCGGAGGAAGGCUCCGGGCGUCCCUAUGAACAAGGACACACCAGUCAGAAAGUUUGCUCCAGUGGUGACGGCUCCCCCGCCCCCUGCUGGAGAGGUGGUGAAGUACUCGGCACGGACUUCAGAUAUCCUCGUCCCCAGCCAAGAUAUACAAGACAUCAUCAAACGGUACAACACUCCUCCUCCACCGGGAGACCUGCUGCCACACGAGAAGAGGAGACCAGAGGGGAAGUUCAAGAAGAAGCAAACCGCUCGCGAUGAGGCUUUACAGAUCCUCAAACCGCAGAUGAACAACCCUCCCGCUCCACAGCCCAAACGCCCUGCUGCCCCCCCACCAUCUGCGUCUGCGGCGAAGGAGGCGGGAUUCAAACCCACCAUGAAAGCAAAAGCCUCCCAUCGUCCUCUCCCCGGCCCCCCUCCAGUUUCUCGAGAGCUUCCCGUGGAGACGGCAACCAUCCAGACGCAGCUCCAUCGGAGAACCAACGAGGAGCACUACACCUACACCAAUGUCCCCUGGAGGCUGUACCUCAGGAAGGAGGUUUUUUACCCCAAAGACGGCUUCAACAAUCCUCUGGUGCUGGACCUCAUUUUCAAACAGAUCGUGAACGACACUCUGUCGGAGGCGUGUGUUCGCAUCACCAGGGACGAAAGACAGAGGAUGAAGGCUCUUUUCGCUGCACACGGCGUGGAGCAGAACAUGGAUCCGGUGGAGGAGCACGUGAAGAAAACCAUCGUGUCGGCAGCCAGGGAAUCCUGGGAAAUAUACUUCUCCCGCCUGUUCCCUGCAUCGGGUAGCGUAGGAACAGGUGUGCAGGUGUUAUCAGUGUCCCACGGGGGUAUAAAGCUGUUGAAGACCGUAAAGAGCAGCGCUGCAGCUCCAGACUACUUCAGAGUCCUACGACCCUACACCUACGCCGACAUCCUGUUCGUCACCAUCCCGUCCGAAAACAUGCUGGAGUUCAAUCUGACCAACGAGAAACUGAUCCUAUUCUCAGCCAAGGCACUGCAGGUCAAACAUCUCGUAGACACCUUCAUCAGUGAGAUCAAAAAGGACUCGGAUUAUGUGAUCGCAGAGCGAAACUUUGUGGGAGACGACCGCUCGAUGCUCAGUUUCCACAAAGGCGACGUCAUCCGGCUGCAGGUUAUGGACGGGCUGGAGGAGGGUUCCAUCUACGGCUGUGUAGUGAGGAAGAAGGUGGUGUUUUUGGAGGAUCUGAAAAGAGACACUCAGGACUUUGGUUGGAAGUUCGGCGCCGUCAUCGGCCGCUCCGGCGCGUUCCCGGCCGACUGCGUGCACCCCGUCGCUCCCCCCGGCUUCCUGUCGCUGCCCCUGGGCCGCCAGGCAGACCCCCCGGGGGGGGCGGGGCAGUUCGCCGCGUCGUCGGCCAUCGCCGUUGCCGUGGCGUCCGCCGCGGCGGCGCACGAGAUAGAUCACACGAUUGAGAAGGUCUCAUUUGACGGCUUCCCCGAAGGGGAUCUGGACGAGAGGGACCUGCAGGACUGCAAAUACGACAUGUUGGAGUUUGCCAAGAUGUUCUUCAGACAGGCGACCAGGGGGAAGGGAGAUUCCCUGAAGAGCAAAAGCAGAAAUCGAGACUCCAGAGAGCCCACUGAAAUGAUCAAGUUCUCCAAGACUCCUCUGACUGAGUCUCUAAUAGAGUUUACCGAUGCAGCCAUGAACCGGGUGGCAGCGGAUCUCUUCCUGUCGGUGAUGCGUUUCAUGGGGGACUCUCCAUCAAAGGGAUUGACGGAACAGGAAGUGGUCAACAGCAUCCUCAAACUCAUAGGAGAGUUCCCCUUGAUGAGGGACGAGGCUUACUGCCAACUCCUCAAACAGCUCACGGCAAACACCAGCUCCAAACCUGACAGCUGCCAACGAGGUUGGAGGCUGCUGUACAUCCUGACCGCUUACCACCGCUGCUCUGAAGUCCUGAAGCCCUUCCUGCUGAAGAGCCUGCAGCAGGCCUCUCGCGGCGCAGGCGCGCAGUAUCAGGGCAUCGCUAAAGCGUGCGAGCAGAACCUGAAGAAGACGUUCCAGUUCGGAGGACGCGUCGUUCCACCCAACAGCAUGGAGCUGAAGGCCGUGAUGGCCGGACGUAGUUCAAAGCGUCAGCUGUUUCUGUUCCCCGGAGGCAUCGAACGUCACGCGAAAAUCAAAACGUGCACCGUGGCCCUGGAGGUGAUUGAGGAGCUCUGUUAUGAGAUGGGUUUGCACAACUCGGAGGCCAUGGAAGAAUAUGCCAUAUUUUUAGUGACCAACAGAGGUCAGAACGUGCGUCCUCUGAACAAACACGAGUACAUCCUGGACGUCGCCACGGAGGCCGAGGCCGUCGACGCCAACUACAGCUUCUGGUUCAGGCGAGUCGUCUGGACUCAGGCGCUCAAGUUGGACAACGAGCUCCGCGUCGCCAUGCACUACAACCAGAUCCUGCCGGACUACCGCAAAGGCCUCCUCAACGUUCUCACGCUUGGGAAAGUGAGCGACCAACAGUUCCAUCAGAUCUCCAAGCUGGCAGCUCUGCAGCACAGAGCCAAAGACGUGGCGUUCACCCCGAGCAUACAUGAACUAUCGGAGUACAUCGCCACACCGCUGUUCAAAAAGCAGCCACCCCAGCAGUGGGUUACCAUGGUGACGCAGCACAUGCAGCAAGUGCAGAACCUGAACCCGCACCAGGCUAGAGCACAGUUUCUGGGGUUGAUCAGUGCGUUCCCCAUGUUCGGCUCCUCGUUCUUCUAUGUCCAAAGCAGCAGCUCCACCACCUUCUACGCCCCAUGCAUCAUCGCUGUCAAUCAACAUGGGCUCCACUUCCUGCACAAAAAUACACACGAGCUGAUGACGAUGGUCCCCCUGGUGGAGGUGCAGUCCAGCCGCACCCAGAGGCCCACUGCUGGAAGGAGUUACCCGUACGUAGACCUGACCCUGGGUGACAUGAGCACACAGCGGGUCAUUCAGCUACAGCUGGAGCAGGGCCUGGAGUUGUGUCGAGUCAUCGCCAUGCAGGUGGAAAACAUGAUGUCCGCGCAGGAGCGGCGACUCGCCCUGCCACCCAGCGAAAUCACCGUGUUGUAGCACGGGCUUCGUUUGAGUAUGAGCAGAGUGAUGAGGAUGAAACCUGUGUAAAUAGCCUACCUCUUCUGGCCUUCAGGUGUUUUAAUAGUCUAUGUGAAUGAGUAUGUUUACACUGAAGAUUUACACUACUUGAUUAUUAUACUGCGUUGACGGUACAAAAUCCAUACUGUGGACAGUCAAAAGUAAAUAUUAGUUAAUGUUUCUUUCAGGUUGAUACCUUUAUUUUUUACACGUGCUACCGUAGUUUUAAUCGAUGUACAGAAAGGGUUAAGCUUCAUAGGCCAUGCCUUGUCAUUACAAAGUUUUAUAACUGUUACUAAUAUGUAACAUGGUUUUUUUA